UUCUCAUCAGUAUACCUGACAUGGAGAACAAGUCCAAGACACAGCAAAGCGAGAAAAAUCUUUACGAGAGAAAAAGUGACGCUCCAGAAGCUGGAAGCAGUAUACCUGACAUGGAGAACAAGUCCAAGACACAGCAAAGCGAGCAUAAAACACCUACGAAAGAAUCUGGUGGUGGAUCCAGCUCCCAGCGAUGUGAACAACAUAACCGUGAACACGAACAAAGAUUAAAACAGAUGGAAAAGUUUUACAAGAAAAGACUUCAGGAGCAAGUGUCUGCUGCUAAAAGGAUAAAGGAAGAAUUUGAAUCCUUUAAAGACAGAGUGGCAUUAGACAUGGCUGAUUCAGUCAAGACAGGAGACACAGAGAGCAUGAAUGACCCUGUUAGCAAAACCAAACUGACUGAAAUGUACGACAGUCUGAGACUGGAGGAGUGGAUUGGAAUCAAAGAUUGUCUGAAAAACAGUGAAAUCAGUCCAGCAUUUUUAAGUGCUUUGAUUGAGAGAACCUUUAAAGAUGCAGCAGAAGAAAUGGAAAGAAAAAAGAGGAAAAUCGAAAAGGCGUUUGGAUCCAGUGCUGGACAUGAAAAGGUUAAGGAAAACAAACAGCUGGCAGUUCAUAACCUGCAGAUAGCUCUUUACCACAGCCACAAAGAAGAUCCUCUGAAGAGUCCAUUUCCAAAAUAUGACGGUGAGAAAGCUGAGGAUAUGAUGGUGAAUCUCAGACAUCUGACCUCAGAGUGUCACUGGCUAGGCUGUUUACUUGCCUUAAACAAUCCGCCUCUUCAGCCAGAUUGGAAGACUCAUGAUGGGAAAAAUUCCUGGGACAUUUUCCCUCAUGGUCUCAUAUAGAAAAAGCACAUCAUGCAUGCUCUUCUUUCAUACGUUUUAAUUUAAUUUGUUGAUUUAAUAUAUGCAUGAGAUCAUAUGUGAAAUCAGCAAAAGAAUGUUGAUCAAAUUUAUUUAGUUUAAAAUUAUAAUAGGGUAGGUCAAAUUCUUGUUGGAUUUUAGUAAUGUUUGGUGCACUUGUGUUCUUUCUUCAAAUUUUUCAGUUUUUUUCCAUCAAAUACAACUGUUCAGGUCUUGGUAAUAAAAUGAAAGAAUCAUUGGGAA